AUGGUUGUGAUAACAUUAGUGCUUUUAAUGUUUUGUUCAUUCAUACUAAACAACUAUAAAGUAGUAUGGACAGUUGAAAGUAAAUGUCACUAUCCAGAUUUCAUACAACAUUCACCUGAUUCAAUAUGGAUGACAAAUUAUGGUCUGAUCAAUGCAUCAUAUCAAGACUUUCAAUCCAUUUUUCAUAACAAUAAUAAUAAGAAUAACAAUAAAAAUGAAAACAUGCUUCUAUCUCACUUACUGAAAUUACCUAAAGAACUUUACAAUGACAAGCUGAAUUUACAAAAUUUACAAUACGGUUGGUUACAAAUGGCAUUUAAAAAAGACUCACAUAAUGCUUGGCUUUUCUUUUCAUGUUAUCACAUUCUAUACGCUAAAGAUUUAAUUUAUUUCACUACUUUGCGUGAUUUAUUUUUGGAGGUUUGUAGUACACAAGGAUAUAAAACAUACAAAAGUGCUACUCAUAGAAGUAGUAGUAGUGGUAAUGCUCAUGAGGAAAGUAGCAACAAAUAUGCAAGAGAUAGUUAUACCAACUGGUUGGAUACGACUACUUAUAUCAGCAGUGUUAGUAGUAGCAGUACUACUAGUAACAGUCCAGGCACUGUUGGCCAGAAUAGUUUGAAUUCAAUGAAUAAUUAUGCAAAUGACAACUCUUCAAAUAACGAAUAUCCAUCAGCUGUAGGUUAUCUUACAAUGUCAUGUUCAUGGCAAUUUGAUAAAAAUCUUUACCUGAUACAGUAUACAAAUUUUAUACAAAGAUCAGUAUAUCAGUGCGUUAAAUUUGAAGCCAUGAAUGAAUAUGAUUCAGCAACUGUUUUCAAUUUAUUUUUCAGCAAAUUUGUAUCUUCAACACCUGACGCAGACUUGUGUCAUCCAGAAGCAUUUAUUUCAAAACCAACAAAAUGGGUUGCAGUUCUGCCAUUAAAUUCUGGGCCAGGCACAAAAACGUGUCCAAUCUCAGGUGGAUUUCAAAUUAGUCAGACAGUGGAUUUAAUGACUCACAAAGUGCUUUGUGAAUCGGAAAUUUACGGAGUUAUGGAAAGUGAAUGCAUAUCUGGCGAAGGCAUCACAUUGAAAUUUUCACAGUCCGAUUGUAAUCCAUUUUUUAAAAGUGAUAAAGCUGAAUUUCAAUGUCAUUCAACUUGGAAAAAGAAUAAUCUGAAUUAUAUUCUCAUAUAUCAAGAAAUAAAUCAAUUCAACUACGACUUUUAUCAGCUGGUUUAUAUGCAAUUGCCGGCCGAACUGUCGGCAGAGUCAACAACUUAUGGACAAUUUUCACCAAUAUGGAUUAUCCAUGGGCUACAAUCAGACAAAACUAUUGAAGAGACAAUAAUUAGUCGCAUUUAUCUAUGGAAUUCAUUAGAAUGGUAUAAUUUGAAAUCAAGAAGAACCACACUGCAUAAUUCCAGUGCAAAUAUUUAUGAAAUGGGAAUUCGAAGAGCAUUUGGGAAUUGUGAUGAUGAACGUAUUAGUUGCAAGUAUGGAUGCGAAUACAGUGCUAGAAAUCAAUUAUUCUGUCACCGAAGUUGUUCAGUACCAAGACAGACAUGUGAGUAUCUCUUGCAUGAUUCAUGUAAAUUUCAUUCUAAUUAUCAUGGGAUUUGGGAGUUAAUUGAACCAGUCACUACACAAACAUCAGUAAUUUACAGUAAUUCAAGUAGCCGUUUAACAGCACGUUUCCAUAUAAACAAUAAUAAACUGAUUAUAAAUUCAGUCAAUGAUGUACAACACAGUAUGCAUUUUUAUUGUAUCCGGGAGAUACAAGAAUCGCUUAUUGACCGGUAUGUUCUACGAAGUGAUCACCAAUCUAAUGGAUGUCAUUCAAGAAGUUUAUGCUUGGAAAUCUAUCGUGGUAGUAAAAGUGAAUUUGACGAAUCAUCAAGCAUUAACUCAAUACUUUAUAGAAUGUCAGUCAGUGAAAAGCAUUUGAUAUCAGACACAUGUCAAUUUGAUAAACAGAAAAUUAAAUACAGUAGCAGUGGUAGUAGUACAAUUCAUCCACUCAAUGCAAAUAUUUUAGUACGAAAUAUGAAUCAAGAAAGUAACCCUCACAUACCUACUAAUAUUUCUACAAAAUGUGGUCUAUAUCAGAUAAAACUCACUGGUUUAUUAUACAUUAUGAGUUCAAAGCCAGAACACUACAACGUUCAGCCACUAUCGUUUAUUUCAGUAGACAAAUCAAUUAUCAGUAAUCGUGUAACAGAUCAAACUUACGCGAAUACACCAACAAAUAUCACUGCAAAAAUAUGGAAACCAAAUGAGGCUGAAUACAAUGCCAACUUUGAAGGACCAUGUCCAACAGAGAUUAGCGAUUUUAAUUCACACUAUGGAGUGACUGGAGAAUUUGAUAAUAUCUUAAGAAUAAGAAAUUAUUGUACAAUUCAUAAAUAUUCUACAGUUUUUAAAUCAGAUCAUCAGUGCAUUGCUUCUUCAGUUUAA